AGUGGCGCAGCUCGUUUUCCGUACUGGGUUAAUGUCGUUUCCGGAUAAAGGUAUUGCAUUCAUUUGAAGAACGAUUAGCACCAUGACCGACAAAAAGGCUGUGGUCAAGAAUGCUGACAUGUCCGAGGACAUGCGGCAGGACGCGGUUGAGUGCGCCACCCAGGCCAUGGAAAAGUCUAACGUAGAGACAGACAUUGGCGUUCAUCAGAAAGGAGUUUGAUUAAAAAGGUACUUCACCUGGCAUUGCAUUGUGGGAAGGAACUUCGGCAGCUAUGUCACGCAUGAGACCAAGCACUCCAUCUACUUCUACUUGGGUCACACACGAGAAUGCUUUGGUUUUUGAAUGUCUUGAUUAUCCUGAUUCCUCGACCAAAGUGCACUGGAUCAUGUCCUGUUUACCUACAUGCUACAAAUAUUAAAUGAGACAUCUGUUCAUGGACCUAAGACCUUUGAUCGAGCACAGGUGCUUUAAAGGCUGAAUUAAGCAUUACAAGACGAAAUGCGAAAAAUGCAUAAAAACUCAGUUUUUCCUUUUUUCCAAGAGGUAUUUUGAGCAUUUAUGCUGUCGUGUUUGUGGUUCUGAUAAACACCAUGACUCACCUGUAGCGUAGCAGAGGUGGAGACCCCUAUGUUGUGGCCUGUAAGAUGCUGGGUCUUUUUUUUCUUAAUCUAAGAUCAGAUAUCCUAAAUGGUUCAACUUUCAUGUCUUGAGUGAUGAAACCAAUCAAACAGGCUCAUUCUGUGAAAAUGGGCUUUUAUAUGAAAUAUCUUGCCACAUGUUCGCUGUGGCAUGAACAGAAGAAUAAUGCAAGAUAAACCAAACCAUUAAACCAUUUUUGUUGAAUGUUUGUUCUUGCCUCAAUUGUAACCCAUGAGUUAGAUUAAAAAGGAUUUCAAGUUUGAGUUUGAAACAUCCUCCAGGUCCUUCUUCUAUAUUUUCUACUGUUUGUUUUGUUUUUUUCCUUCUCUGGAGCCAUAGAUGUUACAGCGUGGUGGAUCUAAUUAGACUGCAUGUUACACAUGUCAAAGUUUGUCACGUACAUAGUCAUACAUGAUAUAAACCGCAGUGAAAUGCUUUUUAA